AUGACCGGCGACAGCGCCGCCGCCGAAACCAGCGCUCUUGAGCGACACAAGGCAGACUUCCGCGCAACUGUAUGGGGAGACUUCUUCAUCACCCGUGUCUUUAGUGACCAAGAGACCGUAAAUGGUUGGAUCGCGAGGAUAGAAGCGUUGAAGGAAGAGGUGAUUAAGGAAAUGAUGAUAUCAACGGAGAAGCUGCAUCUGAUCGAUGUGGUGGAGCGGCUGGGGAUCGGUUACCACUUCGAAGCGGAGAUUGAAGAACAGCUCCGACAGAUACAUGAAGAGACGAUACUGGAAGAAGCUGUCGAAUUCGCAGGAGACAACCUUCGUAACUACUACUUCAAGGUGGAUCAUGGUGAUGAAGAUGAUAAUCGGGUGUUGUCCAAAAGAAUUGCUCAUGUGUUGGAAAGGCCACUGCGCAAAGGCGCUCCAAGGCACGAACAUCUCUUCUUCAUCACGGUAUAUGAGCAAGAGAAAGGUCACAACAAAACCCUUCUCAAGCUCGCCAAGUUGAGUUGGAACCAUUUGCAGAGCAUAUACCAACAAGAGAUUAGGGGCAUUAGCCGGUGGUGGAUCGACUUGGACUUCGCCACGAGGGUACCUUUUGCUCGAAACAGACCGGUCGAGUUAUACUUCUGGGCGAUCGGAAGCAUGUGGGAACCCAAAUUUGCCCUUGCGAGAUACUUCAUAACGAAAAUCACCAUGCUUGUAUCUGUGACCGAUGACAUGUAUGAGGAGUGUGGUAUACUUGACGAACUUGAGUUGUUUACCUCUGUUGUCGAGAGAUGGGACACCAGCAUGAAAGAUCUCCCAGACUACAUGAGAACAUUGUAUGCAGCGAUUAUUAAUGUUGUGGAUGAAAUAGCCACAACUACGACCUCACAAGGAAGAGACUACUGCGGAGACUACCUAAAGGAGGCGGAAAAGUAUAUUAUGAGAGCAUUCCUCUCACAUGCAAGAUGGUUCGCCGCCGGGGAAGUACCGACGGUGGAAGAAUACAGGCGCGUCGGCAUUGAUUCCUCAGCUUACCCGCCGUUGGCAUGUGCUGCCCUCUGUGGUUUGGGGGAGAAGGCCCCAAAGGAGGCGUUCGAGUGGUUGCUGCCGGACUCGAAAAUCUUUGUCGUGGUAUCUGAUCAUUGUCGCGUCAUGGAUGACAUCGUAGCUAACCAGUUCGAACGGAAAAGUGGGCACGGGCCUUCGUUGGUCGAGUGCUACAUGAAGCAGCACGAGGUGUCGAGAGAGGAAGCAGUGAAAGCACUGAAGAAAAUGUUGAAGGAUGACUGGAAGGAGAUCAACAAAGAGUGUGUGGUCGACCAGCCGAGUUUCGUCUGUAGGGAAAUCAUUUCGAUGCUGGUCGGGCUUGCGAGGAUGAUGGAACUCCGUUACACGGAAUUCGAUGGCUGUGCCGCCUCCGACAGAGUCACGAAAGAUGUCGUGAGGGCUGUUCUCGUCACUCCUAUGGUUAUAGUGGACGACGUCUAG